AUUGCACCGGAGACGACGUAGAUUGUAGCCUUAACUUUAGCUUUAUUGCACGGCACCAGGAGUCGAAAAUGCAGUUGGAUAUACUUUACUUACUUAGUCUUGUCUGCUGCGUGAGCUGAGACGAGAGAGUUUUCCUCUUUCGACGACGAACAACCCCGAACAACGAUGGCCGACCCAUCCGAGCCACCGCCAGAAGGCACAAGAGACGGGCCAAGCAGCACCGCUGAGGACCACAAUCCGUAUUUCAAUCGCGGUCACGCAGCCCACAUUGGAGCAGCCCCCGAUGCAUCGUCUGUGGAGAAUGUAGCCCCGGUCACACCCACAGCUGAGCAACCGCCCGAACCCUCACAACAUGACAGGGCCCCGGCCGCCCCGGACGAUCGCGCUCCCCCGCCCGGCCGCGGGCAGUCGUCAGUACGCCUGCGCAGGCUGAGGGCACCGAGCGUGUCGUCGGUGCUGCCGCCCAUCCCGACCACGCAGCGCGAACCGCUCGAAGGCCAACGCCGGCGCUCGAGCUCGGAGCCUCAGCGGCCAACGUUCCCCACAGCGGCAGCAUACACGGCGAUGCCAACCCUGGCUGAAGGCAACAGUCACCCGCCAACCCAGCCUCGCGCAUUACUGCAGGGACCGGCACUAGCACCGGCACCGGGAAGGGAAUCCGGCCGGGCAUCCGGGCGGGCAUUCAGCACACUCCCUGGCUUUGGAUCCCGUCGACGCGGCCAGACCCUGCAGGGGCCAACCCUAAACCAAAUUCCGGAACGGGAUUGCUAUGAUUCGAGGAUCGUCGACUUCCUCGAUGUCGUCGACCCGGAGGUAUCGACAUUAACCUCCGUCACGAACAUCCAGAACUCUCUCUUCGUGCCGUCUCUCGGCAGAUGGGUCAACCGCAGGCCGACAUAUGACCUGCCCCAGCUUCCGCCCAUGCCCGGUGCGUUCCCUCCGUCCAAGGAGGACGUGUCCGCGGCGGAACAAGGCGAAGCCGCGCACGCGCCAGCAGCCGCGCGCUCCCCCAGUCUGUCGUCAGUGUUGAGCGAGCCGCAGUACGCCAUUCUUCCCGAGAACACGUCGCUCGAAGGCUGGUCCGAGGAGGACAUCAAGCUCCUGAACGACUACGUCAGGCACAUGCUGCACUCGCGCCGGUCCAAGAUCAAGCAGCGGUUCAAGGCCUUUGGCAAGUACGCCAGCAAGCCGCUUGGAUUUCUGGUGACACUCUACGCAACCCUCAUUACGCUCUUUGGUCUGGCCUGGGUACUGUUCUUGAUCGGCUGGAUUUAUGUCGGCGACAAGCAACUGUAUGUCAUCAACGUUAUCGACUACGUCCUGGUCGCCCUGUUUGCCAUUGUCGGCGACGGCCUCGCUCCGUUCCGCGCCAUCGACACGUACCACAUGGUGUUUGUGGCCCACUAUCACCGCAAGACGUGGAAGCUGCGCAAGAAGCUUCUGCUGCCGGAUCUUCAGGACCACAACGACCUCCCGACCGGGAGAAACAGCGUGGAGCCGGAUCUUGAAGCGCAGAGCCCACCUCCGCAGCAGCAGGAGCCGAAGCAAGAAAAGCAAGAAAACCAAGAGGAGAAGAAGGACGAGUUCUUCCCCGUGCUCUCGGACAAGGAGCAGGCGCGGCUGGUGCACCACCAGACCAAGCUGGCCAAGUCGCACACCUUCUACAAGCCGCACGAGACCGAGACGCACCACGCGUUCCCGCUCCGGCUGCUGAUCGCCGUGGUGGUGCUGCUCGACCUGCACAGCUGCCUGCAGAUCAGCCUGGGCGUGUGCACGUGGGGCAUCCCCUACGACCGGCGGCCGACCGCGGUGACGACCACGAUCCUGUGCUGCUCCAUCGCCGCCAACAUCACCGCGGGCGUGCUCAUCUCGAUCGGCGACCGGCGCACGCGCAAGAAGGAUGUGCUGGAGCGGCUGCUCAAGCAGGACCUCACGGGCGAGGUCAUGAAAAAGAUGCGCAAGAAGAAGGAGAAGGCGGCGCAGAAGGAGGAGGCAAAGGACGGCGAGGACGGCGGCGGCGGCGCCGGAGGAGGCCGGCUAUCGCUGAGUCUUCCCCGUGCGUUGGGGGGCAGCAAUAAAGAACAUGCCUCGGCCGAGGGCAUCAAGCAGGGUAUAAACGAGAAGGAUCAUGUGCAAAAUGGGCAGGAAGAUAAAGGGGAGCUGAAGGUCCCAGGGGGGUUGCCCCGUACCACGGAGAAGGAACCGUAAUAACACACCGAGACGGCGAAACUUGGGGGUAUUCGGCGUAAUAAAGACGUGUCUGGAUAUUUUUGGAGCUAUAGUUUUGUUUAAUGUCGGCAUACGAAAUGAUAUCCGAUUUGUUGCCAGCA